CCGGAACCGCGGAGCGGAGGGGGCGGACGGGUCCGGGACGCCGCCUCGCCUUGCGCUGCCGCUGCCGGUCCCUCCCGCCCCGUCCUGUCCCGUCCCCUCAUGGCGCUAGAGCGGACGGGCACCGGCCCCUCCCGCCGCCCGCUCCGGCCUCCCCCGCCCCCGUCUCCUCUUGGUCGGCCGCUCCCGGCGGGCAUGUGAGCGGGGCCGUGACUGCAGAAACCUAACUUCCAAAUACUUAAGAAGUGAAUGCCUCUGGAUUUCUGAACAAAAUUGGUUUUUUUUUCACAUUCCGAGUUUCUGCAUCGAUCUGUGUCUGAUAACCUUCAAACGCAGCUCCCUGUGUGAUCUGUCAUUGCACUGUUGCACACUGAGAGUUCUGACUCGUGACACCAGCACAUCCACGGGCAAUUCAUUAACGAGUGGCUCUCGGAGGCAUGGGAGUUCGUAUGGAAGAAAUGCUGCUGCGACUGUCAAACUCUGUUACAGACUGAUUUCAAUUGUUGCAUCAUUUUUUGUUGAGUAUCAGAAGCUCUACUCCUCGUUGAUCAAUGUGACAGUGUUCAGUAGUUUACGAGAUGAGCCAAACUCGUGGGAAGUAUGACUUCUGUAUUGGUCUGGUGUUGGCCAUGAGUUCCAGCAUUUUCAUUGGAGGAAGUUUCAUCCUGAAAAAGAAAGGUCUGCUCCGGUUAGCCAGGAAAGGCUCCAUGAGAGCAGGUCAAGGCGGUCAUGCAUACCUUAAGGAAUGGCUGUGGUGGGCUGGACUUCUUUCAAUGGGAGCUGGAGAAGUAGCGAACUUUGCUGCCUAUGCUUUUGCACCAGCUACGUUAGUGACUCCUCUGGGAGCUCUCAGUGUUCUUGUAAGUGCCAUUCUGUCAUCCUUCUUUUUAAAUGAAAAACUUAAUUUACAUGGAAAAAUAGGAUGUUUGUUAAGUAUACUGGGAUCAACUGUGAUGGUAAUUCAUGCUCCACAAGAGGAAGAGGUAGAAACUUUGGAUGAAAUGUCUCACAAACUAGGUGAUCCAGGUUUUGUGGUGUUCGCAACGCUCGUUGUCAUUGUGUCUUUAAUUCUAAUCUGCGUGGUGGGACCUCGCCAUGGACAGACCAACAUUCUCGUGUACAUAACAAUUUGCUCUGUAAUUGGAGCCUUAUCAGUCUCCUGUGUCAAAGGUCUGGGCAUUGCUAUAAAGGAACUUUUUGCAGGAAAACCAGUGCUGAAGCAUCCAUUGUCUUGGAUUCUGCUGCUAAGCCUUACUGUCUGUGUGAGCACGCAGAUCAACUAUUUGAACAGGGCUCUGGAUAUAUUCAACACUUCAAUAGUGACUCCGAUAUAUUAUGUAAUCUUCACCACAUCUGUUUUAACUUGUUCUGCCAUCCUCUUCAAGGAAUGGCAGCACAUGGCGGCUGAUGACAUUAUUGGCACCUUCAGUGGCUUCCUGACUAUUAUUGUGGGGAUCUUUUUAUUGCAUGCCUUCAAAGAUGUUAACUUCACCCUAGCAAACCUGCCCCUCUCUCUGCGGAAGGAUGACAGAGCAGCCAAUGGCACUUUGCUGAGCACAUAUGACAGCUUUAAUGAUGAUGAAGAAAGUUCUGCCUGCCUAGGUGAAAUGCAAUCCACUGAGAGUCUCUCAGCCAGAAGGAAUGGAAGCCUGUCAGCUUUCUGAAAAUAUCUACGUGUUACUUAAGAAAAGAACAAUUCUGUAACCCUGGAUUUUUUUUUUUUUCCUGCUGUGAAAUGUCUGAGCUUGUCUGGAAAGUCAUGUACUUUUUAACAGUAUGUGUAGACAAUCGUUGAUUUUUGAGUUUGAUUCGUUUGGAUAAAGAACACUGAAAUGUUUUUUAUUUGCCUUACUUUUACUUUAAAAAGUACUAAAAUGACCUCAGACCACAAUUGGUUUUGUUGCUUAAGUUAUGUGUAAAUACUUUCAUUUCAUUCUUCUGUUUUUAAGAUGUAUUGCACUAAUUACAAUUUUAUCAAAAAUAAAUGGCUUUAU